AUGGUAAUAAUAUUAUAUGUACACCCUUUAUAUAUGACAGAAAGCAUUAGAACAUUAGAUAAUAUUUGUAUUAAGAAGAAAGAGUUUACUUGGAUUGUUGUUAUCAACCUCAAAUUUGACUCGGCUGCCAAAGACUUCAACUUUUUGAUUGAGUGAGUUCCCACUUUGGAUUCAAAUACAGCAAUGGGGAGCAAUGGGAAGAGAGUUUUGGUCACUUGUAGCGAGGACGAGAUUUCAAUCAACAUAGCCUUCAAUUUGGCAAGAACAGGCUGCAGGCUGGUUUUGAUGGGAAAUGAGAGGUUUCUUGAGAGUAUUGCCCAGAAGAUAGUUUGUGUGAAAGGGGCUUGGCCAGUGGAGGUGGUUGGGUUGGAUAUGGAAGAAGAGAAGGAGGCUUUGUUUGUUGAAGCUGUGGACAAGGCUUGUAAAACUUUGGGCCAUUUGGAUGCUUUUGUUCAUUCCUUUUCUUAUGAAGGAAAAGCACAGAACCAUUUAGAAUUACCCGAAAGCGAGUUCCAAAAGAUAGUGAAGAUAAACUUCAUGGCUCCAUGGCAUCUGUUAAAUGCAGUUGGAAGAAAAAUGAGGGAUAACAAGUUAGGAGGUUCCAUAGUGUUAUUGACCUCACUAGCUGGUGGCGAAAGAGGCAUUUAUCCAGGAGCUGCAGCCUAUGCUUCAUGUGCUGCUGGACUUCAGCAAUUAGCCAGGGCAUCAGCUAUGGAGAUUGGGAGAUAUAAAAUCAGGGUGAAUGCAAUAGCCAGAGGUUUACACAUUGAAGAUGAAUACUUAAAAUCAGUAGGGAAAGAAAGAGCAGAGAAGCUUGUGAAAGAGGGUGCACCACUAGAGAGAUGGCUAGACCCGAAAACUGAUGUGGUUUCAACCAUUAUUUAUUUGAUCAGUGAUGGAUCAAGGUACAUGACAGGCACUACCAUUUUUGUUGAUGGAGCACAAUCUUUAACAAGGCCUAGGAUGCGUUCCUAUAUGUGAUUUUUUUUAUUUCUUCUAAUUUUAUUUUCUCUGCUGUAUUCUUUUUUGUUCUUACAGCUAUAUUAUAUUUUCCUUCAAUAAAACAAAUUAAAAAAAAUGAAAAUUAAUAUAAGCUGCUAUUCAUUGACAUGAAUUUGAUACAGCAAUUUUAGCUUAGAAGGUUUUGUGAUUUUGUAGGUGCUAAUAUUUAUUUUUUACUUUGGCUUUUUGAUUAUUGUGGUGGGCUUUUUCUAAUAAUCAUUUCUGUUUUGAAAUUCUUAUUAUUAACAGUCAAAUAAUAUUGAGAAUUAAUGUGCAUAUUUGUCAAA